AUGUUGAGGCUAGCAGUUCUUCUUGUCCUGGUGUGCGUCUGCCUUUCCCAGCAGUGGGAAAACUCCCCCAAGAUCGCAUUCAGUCCUGUUUAUCCGCUCUACAAGCAAUGCAACCCUUUGUGGGCGUCGGACAAGAUGGGUCUCGUCAACUGCUCCGUCAACACUUGCCCCGGAGCCAGCUUCGGUCGGGACACCGUCUGCAGCGAAGGCUGCGCUAUGUCGUGCAUUAGCAUGGCCCUGGCCACGUACGGGUACACUCUCGGUGGCAAAGAAUCCGAUCCCGGGGCGCUCAACGCUUGGCUUGUCGACAACGGAGGCUACUCUUGCGUCGACGGGAACUGCAACAACCUAAACCUGCCCCAGGUCGAGAAGAUAGACGUGUAUGGAGGGAUAAAGUACAUGGGGGAAAUAUUCCCGCCCGUUCUCUCGCGGAGCUACGUGGUACAGGCGCUGGAGGAGGGCCUGGUUGUGUUGGGCCAUGUGAGAAACAAAACCCACUUUGUACUGUUGAAUGGAGCGCUGGAUGGUGGGAGCUCUUUCACUGUAAUGGACCCCUUUUACAACUCUACAACGUACAGCUACAAGGACAUUAGUGAUGUGAUUGUUUACUCCAUGGAGGGUAGCUAA